CUGGGCAAGCACUUGAGGGUUUUGCUGGCGAAGUGAUGAUUUACCACUGAGAGCCUCUUGCUGGUGGCACCUGCUUCAACUGUCUGUGCUGUGAGUCACUGGGAGAGCUGCUGGGACCGCUGGGUUUUACAUUGGCCCAUCGCAUUCAGCAAUGCAAGCAGGUGAAGGAGGCCCUCAGACUGGCACCAUGACAGAGUGCUUUGACUGCGACAACUGCAAGGAGUCCUUGUAUGGGCGCAAGUACAUCCAGAUGGACAACGGCCCCUACUGCAUCCCCUGCUACGACGCCCACUUUGCCAACACCUGCGAUGAGUGCAAAGAGCUGAUCGGCCACGACUGCAGAGAGCUGUACUAUGAGGAUCGCCAUUACCACGAGCACUGCUUCCGCUGCUUCCGCUGCGACCGCUCCCUGGCUGAUGAGCCCUUCACCUGCCAAGGAGAGGAGCUGCUGUGCAAUGACUGCUACUGCAGCGAGUUCUCCUCCAAAUGCAUUGCCUGCGAGAAGACAGUCAUGCCAGGAUCCCGGAAGCUGGAGUACAACGGACAGACCUGGCAUGAGCAUUGCUUCAUCUGCAGCAGCUGCCAGCAGCCCAUCGGGUCACGCUCCUUCAUCCCAGACAAGAAGGAUUAUUACUGUGUGCCCUGUUACGAGAGCAAGUUUGCUCCUCGCUGCACUCGGUGCAAAAAGACCCUGACCAAGGGAGGAGUGACUUACCGGGAUGAGCCGUGGCACAAGGAGUGUUUCGUCUGCACAGGCUGCAAGACCCCCCUGGCUGGCCAGCAGUUCACCUCCCAGGAUGACAACCCCUACUGCAUCAAGUGCUUUGGGAACCUCUAUGCCAAGAAGUGCAGCGCCUGCACAAAGCCCAUCACAGGCUUUGGUGGUGGUAAAUACGUCUCCUUUGAGGACCGUCACUGGCACCACAACUGCUUUAACUGUGCCCGCUGCAACACCUCGCUGGUGGGGAAAGGCUUCAUCCCUGACAACGACGAGAUCCUGUGCCGCGACUGCAGCAGCGACCUAUGAGCCUCCGAGGCCACCGUGGGGCAGGGGCCUUCUCUAUUCUUCAGGGUCUUUGUGCCAGAUCACCCCACCACCACUGCAGGCGCAGGGCACAAGGCACAGGAGAUGGGGGCUGACCCCGAAGCACGGUGUGUCCAGAGGGUUCCUGUGCCCCUCCUGAAGGCUAGAGUACGCUGUGCUAUGGCUCUGUGCAGAGCCAAAGCUAAAUAAAGUUGAAAAGGAGCUUCAAGAUCCCCUCCCCUCCAUUAUUUACUCUUUCCUUUUGCUUCCUGUCUGACCAGGCACAAGCUGAGCCCAGGGCCCCAGCUGAGCAAAGGGCAGCAGCAGCUUCAGCAUUGGGCUGCUGGAUCUGCAGGCUGGCAGCAUGGAUUUGCUCCCCUGGCUCGCUGCUGACUUCUCUCUUUUCCCCAUGUGCUUCCCUUGCUCUGUGUGAUUCAAGGCAGCAGCUCCUGGUCCGUGCAGCUUGGCCUUGCUGGCCUGCAUCGUGGAUGGCUUACGUGUGGCUGCCCUGUGGUGACCUGGGCAUGAAGGGCAUGCUGUGGAGGGAGCUUAGGGGACACCAGGCUGGAGCGUGGCCAGGAGAUGAGCAUGUGUCCUGCCAGAUGGGAGCCAGCUCUGCAUUGCUGUAGCCACCUCGCUGUUUGCAGGCCAGCCCCUUUGCUCUGCUCCAUGGAGGUGCUCUCAGGUGUGGAUGAGGAGCUGGGAUUGCUCACAGGUACAGGGGGUUCAGCCCCAUCUCCUCCCUGCCCGUUCCCAUCUGUGCUGGGAUCUCCCAGGGCUGCCUCUGCAGUGCCUGAGCUCCAGUGCAUGGAGCAGCCCCCGAGAUGUGCCUGGCUGGGCCCUGGAGGAGGGUGUGCUGAAGGCUGGGAGCACCGCGGGCUUUACCCCUGCUCCAUCCCUCCCAUGGGAUGGGGAUCCCCUUGCUGAGCCCACUGCCAGCAGCACAGGUAACACUGCAGGCCUCUGUGGGGCUGUGGCUGUGCUCAGUG